AUGGGGAAGAUCAUUAUAUACAGUUUCUUCAUCCUCCAAGUACUAGAUAUAUUCUUCAACGUUCAAAAUCAGGACGAAUUUACCGAGAAUUUCACCCUCACGUCGAUGGCGCUCAACGUGCUUCUGAAACGCCACAUGCUGUCGACGCGGCGUACAAAUAUUUUAAGUUUAAUCAAGAGACUCGAUAAGAGUCAUUUUCUACCGGUGACUAAGGAGGAGAUGAAGAUUCGGUCGAAGUUCGAAAAUAUAAUCGAAUGUGCUACAAAGAUGUACGCAACAGGACUCGCGUUCUUCGCCUUCUCGGUGCCAUUCAUAUCGAUUGUCAUCGACUUCAAGAGCAGGAAGCUGUACGCCCGAAUGUGGGUGCCUUACAACUACUCGUCCGCGAGUUUGUAUCUGCUCACCAGCUCCUACGAAGUCGUAGCCUCGAUAUAUGGCGUUUCCAUAAGCAUCGCCUGCGAAUGCCUCUACACAGGACUUAUACUUCACGUCUGCUGUCAAUUCGAAAUCCUGGAGCAUCGGUUCAAGACUCUGAACGGAAAGGACACUCGUGUGGUGAAUCAAUGUGCUUCUCAUCACAAUUUGAUAUACAAAUUUGCGGACGUAAUUAACAACGAGUUCAAGACGGUCAUGUCGUUCCAGUUUUUUAACAGCACUGCGAUGAUAUGUCUUAGUAUUUAUCAGUUGACGUACGCGAAGAACUCUACGGCGUUCAUGGAAAUUAUGAUGUAUUUGGUGUGCGUGUUCUUGCAGAUACUGUUUUACUGUCUUUGUGGCAACAUGGUCAAAAUGAAGGUCUGUUAUUGGAUAUCGAACGCAACGAUCGUGAGCGUGAUGCAAUUUCUUUUUGCAGAACGAUCGAGGACACCUAUUGAGUUUACCAGUAUGCAUGUCGUGUCCCUGAGUCUUGAGUCCUUCAUGUCGCUGCUGAAAACCUCGUACUCCGCGUACAACCUCAUGAAAACUACCCGAUAAUUAAAAGACAAUUGAAAGGACGAUUUUCUGUCGCAAUUGGAAAUAUCUAUAUGGAUACUUUCGCAACUGCACG